AUGAAGAGCUUCACCUCCGUCCUCGUCGCCGGCUUCGCUGCCAUGGCCCAGGCUGUUCAGCUUACCAACACCAACUUCAACGUCCAGGCUGGUCAGGCUUUCGAGAUCACCUGGUCUGAUGCUUCUGGCCCCGUUACUCUCACCCUGAAGAACGGCCCCAGCACCGACCUCAAGACCGUCUCCACCAUCGCCACUGGCCAGAGUGGUACCUCCUUCUCCUGGACUCCUUCCUCCACUCUCCCCACCGACCAGUACGCCAUUGAGAUCUCUGACUCUACUGGCACCCCCAACUACUCUGAGCAGUUCACCCUGACCACUUCCGUCACUGCUUCCGCUUCUGUCUCCUCGGCUUCUGCCUCCGCCUCCGCCUCUGCUUCCGCCACCGUCACCACCACUGUCGCUGCUUCCACCAUCACCUCCUCCGCCUCUGCUUCCUCCGCCUCCGCUGCGAGCAGCUCGGCCUCUUCUGCUGCUAACUCCACUGCUGCCUCCACUGUCUCUACCAGCACCCGCGCCAGCACCCGCACCAGCGCUUCCACCUCUUCCACCAGCUCUCCCACCACCGUUCCCGGCAGUGACGCUGUCCGCAUGGGCUCUCCUAUUGCCCUGAUCGGCCUUACCGUCGCUGCCAUGCUCUACUUCCAGUAA